UGACUGUGACUAAUUUCAGACUUCAGUUGUCAGGUGAUCAUAACAAAAAACACAAUAGAUCUAAUUUCCGAUUUCUUAUGAGAAUCAUUAUUUUUUUGCCAUAAGCAUUGUAUUUUCUCAAUCAUGGAGAAGUACGAUACUUCUCAACUCACGGAAUUUCCUCGUUUCGAGUCCGAGUCAAGUCAGAGUGGUGUAACAACUUUUUUGAACAAAUUGUGGAAAUUUCCAAUUUUUACCCCGAAUGAACCUGGUGAAAGUCAGGAUAAAGCUGAUGAGGAGAAAGCUGAUGACUUCGUUGAUGAUCAGAGUAAGGACUUCGACGAUUCUAGAACGGAAACUGGGAAUUAUGUGGUGGAGUACGAAGGAAGGAGUUUGCCAAAUGUUCUAAGGAGAAUCAGUGGUUUGGCUGCUUUAAGUUCGGGGGGAGGCACAAAGUAUGCAGAUACUGAGCUAGCUCGCUACUGGAUGCCUGAUGACAUAUCGCGGGAGUGCUACGAAUGUGCCGCCCGGUUCAGUGCGUUGAGACGCAAGCACCAUUGCCGAGUGUGCGGACAGAUAUUCUGUUCACGAUGUUGCAGCCAACGUGUGCCUGGUCAGAUAUUUGGUUGCGCUGGAGGUCUGCGGGUCUGCACGUAUUGCUGCAAUGUGGUGUUGACGUACUUGCGCGAGAACGACAUGACGGGCGACAUCUCGCCCGACCUGCGGAGUCUGCAGGAGAGUUUGCAGGUAAAGUUUCCAGACAACAGAGCACAGCAGAACAAAAACCGCGACUUCAUGUUCUCCCGCGAGCACGAGCCGUGCGAAGUGCGCGCCUCCACCAAGGAGGCUCUGCACGACGUGUUCAGACAGCUGUACGACGCGGUGCCCACAAAGCAUCACAGAUAUCGCCUCAUGAGUUACAACAGCGUAUGGCGCGGGCACGACAUCAUGCAGUGGAUCAUGGAGAACACUUCGCAAAAAACCAGGGCCCAAGCCAUGAUCCUAUGCCAGAGUUUGUUGAGCAACGGGUAUAUGGAGCGAAUGACUGAACCGGUUCAAUUUGCUGACUACGCGCUGUAUCGUCCCAUACAGCUGAGGCGGGACAGUGACUCCAAUGAUGCACCGUCGGCGGAGGAAUGUAAUACUAGACUGGUAGAAAGCGUAUCCUCAUACUGUCUGGACUUAAACCUUGGAAACAGUUCCGCUAGACUUAUCAAAGCUACGAAAACUGAGGUAAAAUCAACACCUACAAGCGAAGAAGACCACCCAAUUUUGGAUCAUAAUGAGAACAGCAACGACACAAAACAAGUGUGCAAAGCGAUAGAGGAGUCAGGCGAGGAGCACCUGAAGCUGUUGAUGCGGCAGUGGCUUGCGAGGGAGGCGCUGCCCGCCGCGUGGCUCGACGCGCUCUACCCGUUGUGCGUGCGCGCCGCGGACAUCACUGCGCCCGACAUGCUGAGCAGCGACAUCGACGUGCGCAACUACGUGCAGGUGAAGAAGGUGGCGGGCGGCAGCAUGGCCGACAGCUGCGUCGUGCCGGGCGUCGUUAUGACCAAGAACGUCGCGCACAGAGGUAUGCCGAAACACAUAUCCAACCCCACGGUGUUACUGCUGGACUGUUCCAUCGCGUACCAGCGAGUGGAGGGGAAGCUUACUUCGUUGGAGCCACUCUUGAUGCAGGAACAAGAAUACCUAGUUCGUUGCGCCGCCCGGAUAUCGGCGCUUCGCCCCAAAGUAGUCCUAGUGAGGGGUAACGCAGCCCGGGCAGUGCAAGACGCCCUGCGCGCGGAGGGCGUAGCCCUAGCCGUGGGCGUGCGCGACAGGGCGCUGCGGCGGAGCGCCCGGUGCGCCAGGGCUGAUCUGGUGGCCUCCAUAGAUGCCAGGAUUGGGAUGCCACGACUGGGGACUUGUAGGAACUUUUAUGUUAAGAAUUUUUCUAGCAAAACCCUGAUGGUAUUAGAAGGUUGUGCGGAACCACAACUGGGCUGCUGUAUACUCCUCCGUGGAGGAUCUCUGCAGGAGCUCGUACGUGUCAAGAGAAUUGUGAAAUUCAUGCUCCUCGCGUGUUACAAUUGGAAACUGGAAAAGGCUUUCCUAGGCGACAUAGAGGCUGUGCUACCCGAACCUGGGACUUUUGUAGAUGAUGACGACCAAUAUACCGAAAACAACAAAGUAGUCAAUGACACUGAUGUAACAAAACUCAAUACUCAAGAUGAUAUUGACGAUAGUAAUGAUAUUUCUGAGGGAAGCGAUAAAAUAUUUGGUAAUACAAGUAAUUCACUCAUUACGAAACAGAAUGAAGACGAAUCAAAAACGAAUAGUGAUAAUAAUGAAUCUCGUGAUGGAUCUCAAAGUGAAGUGAAUAAAACAAAUGAAAAUGAAUCAAAACAAGUUAAAUUGAGUGAAAAUAUUGAAAUGAACAAAUCAAUGGAAAUAGAUGAUCCGUUGCAGAAGUCGAAGCAUUUUUCGCGGAAGACUGACAGUGAUAAAAAUCUCAGUUGCGGUGUACUUAUCAAGGACUUUAGCGAUCCGUUACAAUCUAGACUUUCGGUGGACGACGAGGUUUUCCUGCCUAAAGAGGAGGCCACGUUGAAAGCAGAUAGUCAUAGUGAAAGAUGGUGCACAGACGACGUGGUGCUGUCCAUGUCGCCCAACAUAGUGAUCCCGGCGCCGUCGCUCAAUCUGCUGCCGACGCAGACGCCGCAGACGCCGCACACGCCGCGCGCGCUGCGCAAGGAGUCCGCCAGGGCUCCGGCCAACACUUCGAAGGUUCAGGAUACUCACCCAUUCGUCAGUAAGCCGAUAACAGCGCCAGCGGACGACGCUUCGUUGCGCGCCUCCCUGGCAAAUUUCCGCGCCGUGGGCUGCCAGCCGCCGGCCAACAAACAUAAACCCGAAUGUCCUCGCUACCGAGUGUCGGUGGUGAAGCGUUCGCCGCAAGAGGCGGAGAGCAGCAAGCCCGCGGACAGCGAGCCGGUGGACGCGCUGUCGCCGGAGAACCACCAGCGGCUGAGCCUGCUGCUGUACAGCUACUGCGGCAAGUCGCCCAACGUGCCCGACUUCUGCGUCAACCCCUGGAUAGUGUCAAUGGAGAUGUACGGACGGCACGACAUCUCGCUGGGCGGUUUCCUCGAGAAGUACUGCUUCAACAGCGACCACAAGUGUCCCGCCUCCAACUGUCACAUACCGAUGAACCAGCAUAUUAGAAAGUUCGUGCAUGACGACGUGUGCAUCACCAUAACCUGCAACACCAUCGGCCACAGCAACGUCGACAAAGCCAAAGAGGAACAGAGCAAACAGGUAAUGUUCUGGUCGCGCUGCGAGGUGUGCGGCGCAGUGUCGCGCGGGUCGCGACUGUCGCGGCUGGCGCUGUCGCUGUCGCUGGCUCAGUACGUGCGCACGCGAUUGUCUGCGCCGCGGUACGCGCGCGCGCAGUGUGCGCAUCCACUCAACGCACACUCGCACGCCUUCGUCAGCCGCCUCACUACAGCUUGCUUUAGAUACAACAAGAUCCCAAUGUACGAGAUCCAGCUGCCACCAGACGUGAUAGCCAUCAGCUACGACACCAAGCAGAUGCGCGACGCGCUCAUCUCGCAUCUCAACGAGCUCAUGCUCAAAGGUCACGAGACAUUCAGCAACGCGCCGGAGGUGGACAUAGAGAAAGAGUAUGCGGCGUUCAAACAGCACAUGGAACAGAUCCACCUCGCGCUCACCUGUACCCAUGAGCAGGCCUCGCUAGCAGAACGAGUGCGCAAGCUGUGGAGCGUGUACGACAGCAUCAUAUCCGGCGAGAAGAUGCUACGCGACGCGCAGGACGCGCGAGCCACGCACCGCCCGCGCGCGCCCGCUGAUACCGCCUCUGACGAUAAAACUGAAUUGGAAGAAUCAGUGGAUGUAGCUAAUAGCGAAAUUACAGAAAACCUCAACAAAGACUCUGACAAAGAUCACGCAGGAACUGAAGAAGACGAGGAGAAGGGUGAUAAAAAAACCGUCAAACAAAUACUGUCGCAACUGCUUUCAAAUAACCAGCCGGCCAAUCAGGGAGGUAUGAUAAUAUCGAGCGGCUUGGUGCCCGUGGUGGUAAAGGCGGGAGAGAUCGGCUCCGUCAUAGCGGCCACGCUCGCCUCCGUCACCUACCAGAAAACAAUGCAGCAACAACGACACACAAGUCAGAAUGAAUUCGAUGAUGCCGAAAACACGAAUGCGGUCAAAGAGAAAAGUGAGACAGAUAAAUCGAAGGUCAAAGCUAACGAACAUAUUGAAGUACUUCUAAAGGACGGCUUGCUCUGUCGCGUGUACUAUGCGUGCCAGUUCCACAAGCUGCGCCACAUGCUGCUGGCGCCGCUCGACGUCGACGCGCACAACAAACAGUUCUGGGAGGAUGCCAAGUGCUGUGACGAUCUCAAGGACAAGGACAACAAAGGGUUGUGCGAGAUCGAGGAAGGGUUUAUAAGAUCUUUGGCGCACUGCGUUCCAUGGGCCGCUAGAGGUGGCAAAUCUGGAUCCACCUUCUGCAAAACUAAUGACGACAGAUACGUGCUGAAGGAGAUGACGAAGCCGGAGUGGCAGCAGUUCCUAGAGUUCGCGCCGCACUACUUCAACUACGUCACCAACUGUCGCCACAGGAAGUCGCCCAGUUUGCUCGCGCGUAUCCUGGGCGUGUUCAGUGUGGGCGGUGCGGGGAGCGGGGUGCUGGUUAUGGAGAAUGUGUGGUACGGGUCGGGCGGCGCAGGCGUGGAGCAGCGCUUCGAUCUGAAGGGUGCGAGCCGGCAGCGGCUGGCGGCGGGCGCGGCGGCGGCGCCGCCCACCACCGCCGUGUUGGUCGACGAGAACCUGCUGAGGCUGCGCUGGGAGCAGCAGCUGCACGUGGGCGGCGCGGGCGCGCGCGCGCUGUGGGCGGGCGUGGAGCGCGACACGCGCUUCCUGGCCGACAACGCUGUCAUGGACUACUCGCUGCUGCUCGGCAUACGCGGGCGGACUCUCGUGCUGGGCAUUAUUGACUACAUCCGCACGUUCACGUGGGACAAGAAGCUGGAGCACCUGGUGAAGAAGAACCUCGGCUCCGGGCAGCCCACCGUGGUGUCGCCCGAGCAGUACAAGCGCCGCUUCUGUACCGCGUGCCGCAAGUACUUCCUGCACUGCCCCGAGCACUGGGACCAUCUCUACACCGACCGGCUGACGCAGUAGAUUCAUCAUCAUAUCAGCCGAUGGACGUCCACUGCAGGACAUAGGCCUAUCGUAUGGAUUUCCAAGCAUAACGAUCCUGAGCCGCCUGCAUCCAGCGAUUCAAAAUCAAAAUCAAAAAUCAUUUAUUUCAAGUAGGCUCAGUUUACAAGCACUUUUGACACGUCAGUUGACUAUUUGUGAAGAUUCUACCACCGGUUCGGAAGGCAGGUUCUGCUGAGAAGAUACCGGCAAGAAACUCAACAGUUGCUCUUUUUAAAAAAUCAUACAGUAUUAUAAUUUACAAUUGAUGAUAACAUUACAAUUUCUUAUAGUUUUACUUUUUGUGUGAAGGUGGAAGCUGAUCCAAUGGCUUUUAUCUUUAAGGAACUCAUCAAUGUAGUAACCUCGCCUAACUAAAUGUUUUUUAACACAUUGCUUAAAGCUAUGCAUUGGCAGGUCCAUUCGUUUGAUGUCGUCAGUCCACCUGGUGGGGGUCGACCAACACUGCUCUUUCUAGUGCGGGGUCGCCAUUCCAGCACCUUGGGACCCCAACGUCCAUCUCUUCACGGCCCUUCGAACUAUGUGUGCCCAUUUCCACUUCAGCUUCGCGACUCGAUGAGCUAUGUCGGUGACUUUGGUUCGUCUGCGGAUCUUCUCAUUUCUGAUUCGAUCACACAGAGAUACUCCAAGUAUAAUCUCGUUCCAUGGCCUCCUGUGUGUCUCUGAGCCUUCUUAUGAGGCACAUAGUUAGCCAAGUCUCAGAAUCAUAGGUCAUCUCUGGUAACACAAUAACGGGCGAGUACCAUUACAUUGUGGUAGAGGAAACACCUGAGCAGGUCUCAGGACUUGUGACCUUGGGUGUAGGUUUAAGGGUUACCAUUAACAGUAUUUACAUUAAUUAUUAUUAAUAUUGAAAUUAUAUAAAUAAUGAAUGUUAAUACCACCCUACUUGAGGAACUUGUAACAGAGAAAAGCUUUUCUCGGAAAUAAAGUCAGCGAAUAACCCUGAUUAUAAGAAUGGAAAACAAUUCCUUGACUAGAAUCUUACUAUUUAAUUAUUGAAAAUAUAUUGCUGCCGAAUUAAUGCGUUAUAAUUAAGAAUAAUUUAAAUAAUCAUUCAUUAAUGUUAUGUUUAUUCGAAUAUGCAUGAUAAUUAUAUUUAUACUUAAUAUAUUAAAAUUCUAGCUAUAAAUAAUAAAAUUAAGGUUUAAAACAGAAAAGUAUUAAUGUAAAUAUUUAGCGAUAAUAAUGUCCAAUGCUCCUGGCACGCUGGGUAACAAAUUACUUGUACCACAUAGUAUUUUAGUAUUGGUUAAAUAUAGGUCAUACAUAGUUUAGUGCUCAUUUUGACGCAAGGCAAUAGUAAUUCAUCAUCAUCCCAUAUUCGGCUCACUGUUGAGCACGAGUCUCCUCCCAGAAUGAGAGGGGUUAGGCCUGAGUCCACCACGCUGGUCAAAUGCGGAUUGCCUGUAGUUAACAGUAAUUCAUAACAAGGUUAAAUAUUGAUGUAGUAUAUUAACUCCAGGAUUCCUCAGUUCUAUAUAUAUGGAUAUUUCUACUUUUUAUGGGGUUUAAGUAAAAGAAAAAAAAAAGAGACCCCCUCUUGACAUAAAAUUUUUGAAGUAGAGAUUUACAUGAAAGUCUAGUACUCGUACCUAAAGAAAGUGUAAAAGAUAGAAAUGCCACUGCUGUUGCCAGGAGCGUUAACGUCAGGUAUAGUUACGAUUUGCACAAUGUAAUCUGCAUAGCUCUCUUAAAGCUUAUUAGACGCUAUAGCUCGUGUUAUUUUAUUAGAGGUUUAUGUUUUAUUUAUGUGGGUCAUUGAUCUCCUAUUAAAAAUUGGAUGCACAAUCAGCAACCAAAAAACGUCGCCACUCAAUGAGUGACUAACACAACUUCUUGGCACUCAAUUGAAGUAGUCAGAUUUGCAAAUUCAACCUUAAACUCAAUACUUAAGGUUGAAUUUGCUCUGAAUUUGGGGUUUUAUUGAAUAUUGGAUUAAUUUUCUUUAUCAAUAACUCUAAAACUGUCAAAGCAAAAUUGGUCAGUUUUUAAGUGAAAUUUUCUACAUGAUUAUGCGUCCUUUUAUUGUCUAUGAUGUGGGUGCAGAAAAUUAUAAUUUGUGUUUAUAGUUUUUAUUUCUGUGAUAUUCAUUGUUUAUAUCAAUAGAAUUUAAAAAUAUGUAAAUAAAUUCCUUAAAAAAUGUUUUCCUUCACCUUUAAAUAAGGAGCAGGCUCUACAAUUUUCAGAAUUUUUAAUUUUAGUUUUGAGAGAUACUAACUGGAAACGUCACAAAAAUAUAGCAUUCAAUAACUAUGUUUAAUAUACAAAGUUCAGUUUACAGAGUUUAUAACAAAUUAUAAUUUGUCUAGUAAAUUAAUUAUUAAUUUAUUAUUAAUAAGAUUCAGAAAAUUUUUUGAUGUAUUUAAAUUAGUUAGUUUUCAAUGAUUUCCUACAGUGUGAAUUAACUAAAAAUAUGCACCUAUGAAGGUAUAUCAGGGAUUUUUUUCAAUUGUUGCAUUCCAUACUAAUUAGUCGAUUAAUUUUAAAAAUAUAUCUGGUUCGUUGAUGACACUCCCAUGAUAUGCGGGCGACGGGGGCAAAGUGAGAAGCAUCAGUCGUGGGUUUUUCAUUCAUCGCUACACAGCCCCCGGCCCGCGCGGAUUAUUUUGAGUGUUACGAAUGAAGUUAAAUAAUGCAGCCAAGCUAUAAAUGAUGAUGUCCAAAAUGAUUUCAUUUGAUAUGUUAUAUUCAUGAUACCUAUUUUUUAUUUAUGUCGAGUCUCGAGACAUAUUUCUAAUAGUUUUAUUAUUGUCUUCUGGCAUCUCAAUACAUUUACUCAUUUUCAAAGGUGAAUUUAUGAAUGAACGGAAGAUGUAAUUUUUAUCCAAGUCAUCUUCAGAGUAAAUUAUGUUGAGGGGUCUCAAACAAUAAUUAACAUACUUUAUGACCAAUUAUGUCAGUGAUAAUUAUUAUGUUAAAAUGUUAAUAAAAAUAAGAACAUA